GCUGACCCAGGUGAGGUGGAGCCGCUACAGCCCCAGUUUCUUAGAGCCAGAAGUGAACAAGGAAUUGUAUCAGAAACCUCAGGAAGAGCUGUCUGAGGAGGAAAAGGCAAAGCUGGAGCUCAGGGCUGUUCGACUCAUAAAAGCUGCACCUCCCUCUCUCUCCAGCUCUGUGUUCGGCGACCCCAUGAUCAGUAAAUUCACCAACAUGAUGAUGAAGGAUGGAAAUAAAGUGCUGGCCAGAAGCCUCAUGGCUCAGACUCUAGAGGCCAUUAAGAGGAAGCAGUUGGAGAAGUACCACAAGGCUCCAGAAGCUGAGAAGGAGACAAUUGAAUGCAACCCUUAUGUCAUUUUCCACCAGGCUCUGAAAAACUGCCAGCCCAUCAUUGGGCUCAGCAGCAUCACAAGAGGAGGCAAAACCUACCAGGUCCCGGUCCCUCUGAAGGACAAUCGGAAACGCUUCCUGGCCAUGAAGUGGUUAAUCACUGAGUGCAGGGAGAACAAGAAACGUCGGACGCUGAUGCCUGAGAAGCUCUCUCAGGAGCUGCUCCAGGCCUUCAAGAACGAAGGGCCCAUCAUCAAGAAGAAGCACAUGCUGCACAAGAUGGCAGAGGCCAACCGGGCUUACGCCCACUUCCGCUGGUGGUAGGGACUCUGUGCACGGGACACGGUGCCACCACGGCCUGGUGAGCAGAACCCCCGGGCUGGCUGCCUCAGAGAAGCUGUGGAGAAGAGGGGAAGGUGGAGGAUCCCUUCCAAACAGUCUCUGAACUAAGGCAGGG